AUGUUGAAUGCAAGCACGUUGGCACGGCCGCCAACGUGCUCCGUCGACGCGGCCGAGCAUCUCAAAGUCCUUACCGAGCUCACCGACUGCAAGGAACGGUACUACCGACUGGGGGCCGACUUGCGCCGCCUUCGAACGCAAGUGGGGGACAAGGGCAGCAUGCCGACCGCAUCAACGACCAACGACGAGACGAACCACGAAAUAGAACUGCUGCACCAGACGCAGCGCGCCUUGAACGCAUCGAUCGCUCAGAACGAGGCGCUGCAUGCCGAGUUUGCCCAGUUUCGGCGUGACGCGGAUGCGCGAGACCGCCAAGCACGUGCUCGCAUCGAGGCGUUGGUCGCCGAACUCGAGACGGCGAAAGCAUACGUUGACGAAGUCAAACAGUCGUCGCCUUGCAGCAAUGCCGUGGCAGCGCUGCGGCGGCACCUUCGGGACAAGACGGAUGAGCUGGACGCUGUCGUGGCGGACAACGAAUCGCUCCGACAAGACAUCGUCGUCGAGCGAGCCCGUCGGCACGAGGCUAGUCGCGAGCGGGAUGGCCUUCGCGUGAUGGUCCAGGAACUACAGGCAGACCUCGCGGAUGCUGUCUGUCGCCGCCGAUCCAACAACCAUGACGACGACGAUGACGACGAUGAAGCAGCCUCCGCUGGCGUGCUGUCGCAGUUACGUACAGAUAACUCACGGCUGUGUGCGUUGCUGGCCGACACGACCGAGUUUGCACGGUUCAAAAUGCAUGUUUCGUUGGAAGGCGCUUCGUACGUACAAAGGCCAGGCACCCCACCGGAAGACAACUUGAUGGCAUGGGGGCGGCUCGUGUCGGGCUUGCAGCCGCGGUAUGCUGGCAAAGUUGCAGACCAUUCCCCCGACCACUUCGACAUGGAGCCGUCGUCGCCUCCACCACAGAAAGCGGCGAGUGCUUCCAACUCGCCUGAUGCUCUUGCCAAGACGGAGGAACUGCGGUGGGUGCCGUCCAAAGUGCUUCACCUUGUCCGGGCCUUCCAGCGCCGCCACUGCAGCAACGUCGCGCCGCACCACUUUGACGCAUGGGUGCUCAAGCUCCACGCAGUGUGGCACGAACGAUGCCUCGCCAAAGUCCGCCACGUCGUCGACGCGCACCGAAAGCAUGCAGCGGAGAUGCGUCGACAGGUCCAGCACUCGAUGCCUUAUGAUGCUGUUGUCCACACGCGAGAAAUCGAACGGCUGCGGCACGACGUGCUCGAGCUCACGCAAAAGCUGCUGCGUGGCGGUCGAAAAGGACAGCGACGACGAUCGAGUCCGCACCUCCGAUAG